AUGGCCCGGCUUGGAGAGCUGGCAGGGCUCGGCCACUCAGCAGACGUGUCCUCCUGGCCGCACUUCAAGGACAACAGGGCAAACCCUCGUGGUGGAGGGGCCGUUCCCAGGCGCCCAGGCCUUCUGCCCCCGCAGGCCCGCUCGGGGCAGGGUCAGCUGGUGUGGCAGCCGGCUGCGUGGAUCUGGGACACAGACCUGCCUCCAGAGUGA